AUGAACAAUCCAGUAAAGUGCCGCACCAUUAUCUACAUAUUCCAGACAUCAAACAGUCUAACGCACUGCAACCUCGCCAUUUUUGGAUUAAAGAGAGCCCCUCACCCUGCAGCAGCCCCAGCCAUACCCCUCCUCCCCCCCAGGAACAGACCAGCCAGCCCCCCCCAGGCACGCACAGAGCCAACCAGCCCCCCCCAUCAGUCCCACCGCCACCCUCCACCUAGCAGUCCCAACAGCACAAGCCACAACCCACCCCAGAUCCUCCAGCAGUACCCCCAGUCUAGCACACCAGGGCCCCCGCGCAGGCAGGCCAGGGACACAGCCCUACCCCCCAGCACCCCCCCACCAGCUGCCGAACAGUCCCACCCCAUCAGCGCCAGUCACACACCAACACACCACAGUCCACUACAGAACACAACCCCCCCACAGCCCAGACAGCUCCACCCCACACAGCCAGCGACCAGCACCAGCAGACAAGAACGCAGACACCGCAGCAGACCCGCAGCCUCCAGCACCAGCCCAGACCCCAGGCCCCCCACCAGCACAGCCAGCACCCCCCUAGCCCAACAGCAGAGCCCAGAAAACAGCCCUGACCAUACCCCAGUCCCCCAGCUAGGUCUUACCAGCCAGGCCAUCCCAGGCCAGCCCCCCCCCACUAGAGGAACCAGACAGCAGCUCAGCACCGCAGACAGGACUGCGGCGCACUCCAGGCACCCGCACCCCAGACAGCACAGUACCUGGGAAACAGCAGCCCCCCCCCAGCCACCCGCCCCAGCACACACAGGCGACUGUCCCCAGCAGACCCUCCCAGCUCCAGACCCUCCCAGCCCCCACCCGUCCUCCAGCCUCAGCAGGACCAGUCUCCACCCCCAGCCUCCCCCUACAUCCCACCACAGGCCGCCCAGGGCCCAGCAGCCACCCCCAGCUCAGGACCCUCCACCAGACCACCACGGAACACCACCACAGCCCCCUGCCAGCACCCCAGCAGACCCCCAGCCCCAGCUCAGCCAGCGCACCCUCCACCUCAGCCCACACCCACCCAAAUACCCCCCCAGCCUAAGGCCACAGGCUCAGCAGGCAGAUACUCUCAGCCAGACCAAGCCCACCACACCAGAGUACCCAGUCCAAGACCCACAAGGAAACCUUGCCCCAACACACACAGCGCACCAGCCAAGCAGCCCAACGGACUAG